AUGGACUCGGCAGUCAACCACAUGAGCCAACCACGACCCCGCCAAGGCAACUCGGCCCCCAACAGCGACCCCAUCAUGAGACGCGAGACUGACAAGAACAACAAGUACAAGGCGGCGGCCACGGCGGUGCAUAAGGAAUUCAUCCCGCUCGUGAUGGACACGUACGGAAGGAUGGGCAAACCGUUCCUCUACUUCCUCAAAGACGUCGCCGCACUCACCGCCCGCCGAGCCUCGGGCAACGUCAACGAGCGGACGCAAGCCAUCUACGACUCCAUCGACCCGCCGAACGAGCUCCGAAACCGUAUCCACCUCCGAAACCUCGCCCUCGUACACGUCGCGCUUAUCAUCUCGCUCAUGCAAAGGGUCGCCGGAUCGACCGUCACCAACGACCGCCAGCACGGCGCUCGUGGCGGAAUGUACGGAGCACACGAACACUACGUGCAGCCGUACCCGGUCACUAAUUUCUAA